AUGGCUGUCAUGAUGGCCGACGACGACCUCUUUACACGGGCCAUAUCUGGGUACCGGGACGCAUUUUUGGAUCGACACUCCCAUCUCUCGGAAACCGAACGAAAUCAACUCUGGAGUCAACGCCUAAGUCAGUUCAUGCCCGCUUCGGCCUCCUCCAGUCGCACGCUCUCGGGCUCUGGUUUCCUGGACCACGGCGCUUCGACUCUUGAGAAAUCUGGGAAACGGACUCGACAGGAUACUCCUCGGACGCUACCUGGUUCUGGUCUCCCGAUGGCGAAACGACGAGCCACCACUCCGGAUUCCCCGGUGACCGUUGACCUGACACGUGAGCUCUCUCACGCGUCCUCGCCGGCAGCCCCCGACUCGACCCGGCGCUUGUCCGCCUCGACCCCCCGGAAGGACAACUCUUCUUUCGCGGCUCAUGGGUCCUCGUCCCGACACACGGCCAUGGUGCGCUCUCAGAGUUUGCAGACUCCGGCUUCGUACCGGAUGCCACAGGCCUCUACCGGGACGGGAAAACGACAAUCCUUUGGACCCCAGCGUACACAGCAGCUUCGCCUCGACCAGGUCGCCGAGUACUCCCCCUCCGAAUACGCCAAGCAAUAUCCGGGUGACUUCCAGAUUCCGGGUCCUUCUGCGCUUUCUAUGGCGUUCUCGGCGGAUCUCGCUUCGACUGGAGUCCAACACCCACCGGCACAUCAACCCCAGCCGACGUCGCAGCAGCAACAACAGCAGCAAGACUCAUAUGUGGGCAUGACAGGACUACCGAACUCCCUGGCCGACCAACCGGUUAAUACCGGAUCGGCGGCCGUGGACAUGAGUAGGAGUACAACGACAGAUUCGAUCUGUUGGGGUGUAGACAUGUUCAGAUUCAACUCGGUUGGAUCGAAUGUUGACCCCGGUUUUACCUUUCCCAUGUCUUCUGACUUUACUUCUGCCUCCCCUGUUAACGUUCCUCCCCCUGUUUCAUUUCCCUCUCAUCGUGACAUCGAACAUAACCCAUUCUCAUUGUCCGACUCUACCUCUCUUCCCUUUUCUACCUCUGCUCCUCCUACUACCUCCUUUCGUCCUACCGUUCCUUCCAUGUCAACAUCGACGGCAGUCGAGAUGAAGCAUUCUAUGUCUGCCGAGAGCAAUAGCUCUUCUGCUUCUCAGCAGUCUAGGGCUGCUCGCAGGGCUCAAGAACAGAUUAUGCAGGGAACCAGGCCCAUUGCUCCUAAGCUCAAGUCGCAUCACAGCUCUCCGUCCAAGUUGCCAGAGCAGCACAAGAUGAUCCGGAUCUCAUCUUCAGAUGGGACUGCCAAGGAGGUGGCGGCCAUUCCCAAAGCUUCGAUCCAGCGUCCCCCGCGUCCAAAGACGUACUGCACCAUGUGCAACGACCAGCCCGAUGGCUUUCACGGGGAGCACGAGCUCCGACGACACAUCGAGCGGGUGCACGCUGUGGUUCGUAAGGUUUGGGUUUGCGUCGACAUCUCUCCGGAUAAGACUUUCCUGGCUAACUGCAAGGCUUGCCGCAAUGGCAAGCGGUAUGGUGCCAACUACAAUGCCGCUGCCCAUCUCCGUCGAACUCACUUCAACCCGUGCCAGCGCGGCCGAGGUGGACGUGGGAAAGACAGUGAGAAACGGGGCGGUAAGGGGGGCGGUAACCACCCUCCGAUGGAGGUUCUGAAACACUGGAUGGUUCAGAGAGAGGAAGUCGUCCUCGAGAAUGCCCAGAGCUACCUCGACCCGGACGGGCUCGGUGACGACAUGGCUGUUGCGCCGUCGUCGGCCCCUGAGGACGACGCGACGUACAGCGGGUUGCCACCUGCGCCAGCUGAGGAUCUCACCUCACUGGGGUUGGAAUCGACCCUGGUGGAUGGGUACGAGACUGGUCUUCCUCCUGCUGCUCUACCUGCUGCUCUUCAGACAAUGAACAGUCUUGAGCCAUAUUGUGAUACUCCAUUUUUGCUUGACUCACAACAGAUGCCCUCUGAGAUUAAUACCUUUGUGAUGUGA